GAGAGACGGAUUGAUGAGUCAGCAGAUGAGUGCAGAACAAUACAAUCAAACUGAGCCGACAGGCAGAAGAGCAGACAAGUGACUGAUAAAAAGAGUAAAUACAAUCCUCAAGCUAAAGGAGCAAAGAAGGGUUUGCCGUUUAUCUUCAGACAGAAAUUUUUAGAUGUAUAAUUCAUCUUAUAGAUGAAACAGUAAGGAGCGUUUUGAAUUGAAUUCAGUGCAACUGAGGCAAAAAUGUAUGGCACCGACUGUUCUUAAGCCUGAGAAUCAUGUAGGGAUGUUUCCCGGUUUGAACAAAAAGAAAACAAGGAAUUCAUCUCAGGACGGAGAAUAUGUUUGGAAAGAAACACAAACCUGAGGCAACUGAGAUGUGAGGAGUUGACGGAACGUAACAGUAAUUUCAGCGGUAUGCAGAAUUGUCUAUCAGCACUGCUUUCAGUCUGCGUUUCAAUUUAGCAAACAGGUGUCAUCAGUUUGGCCAGUAACAUCGUAGUUCUGCUGAUGUUUGUAAAGUUCAGGGAGCUCCGCACAGCCACUAACUUCAUCAUCAUCAACCUGGCCUUCACUGACAUCGGAGUGGCUGGUAUUGGUUAUCCCAUGUCUGCUGCCUCAGAUAUUCAUGGAAGCUGGAAGUUCGGCUACGCCGGCUGUCAGAUAUAUGCAGCCCUCAACAUCUUCUUCGGCAUGGCUAGCAUCGGCCUACUGACUGUGGUUGCUAUUGACCGCUACCUCACCAUCUGCAGACCAGACAUCAGUCAGAAAAUGACCUCUAGAUCUUACAACAUCCUUAUUCUGGCUGCCUGGGUGAAUGCUGUGUUCUGGUCCUCCAUGCCUAUAGUAGGCUGGGCAAGUUACGCCCCUGACCCCACUGGAGCAACGUGCACAAUCAACUGGAGACAAAACGAUGCCUCCUUCAUCUCCUUCACGAUGGCGGUGAUUGCAGUAAACUUUGUGGUUCCUCUGUCUGUCAUGUUUUACUGCUAUUUCAAUGUGUCUGUCACCGUGAAGAGGUACAAAACCAGUAACUGCCUGGAGAGCAUCAACAUUGACUGGUCUGACCAGAUGGACGUUACCAAGAUGUCCAUUAUAAUGAUCAUCAUGUUUCUGGUUGCCUGGUCUCCCUACUCCUUGGUUUGCCUCUGGGCAUCAUUUGGUGACCCAAAGACCAUACCUGCCCCAAUGGCCAUUAUUGCUCCUCUCUUCGCAAAGUCCUCAACGUUUUACAACCCCUGCAUCUAUGUUAUUGCCAACAAAAAGUUCAGGAGAGCCAUCACUGGGAUGAUUCGAUGUCAAACAAGGCAACGGAUUACAAUCAGUACACAGGUCCCAAUGACAAUCUCCCAGCAGCCUCUGACCCAGUAAUUUAAGGUCGAUAUACCUAAUAUAACUAUAUAGCUAUUUAAAUGUACCUACAUUAAAACCUUAUGGUAAACAUUUAUGUAAUCCAUUUAUCAGUAUUUGACUAUCGUAGCUGUUUCUUUUGUUGGAUAACUGAGUACGCUGUGGUAUUUGCUAUGUAAAUCCCACUUGUUUUUAUUUGUUGUUUUGUCCCAUUUAAAUCAAUUCACAUAUUUUAUACCCAUGUGCAGUGUACUGUAUAUAACCCUGCUUUUCUGUUAGAUGAGGAUUUUUAAAUAAAUUUUAUGUAUGGUUACCAGCACAAAUAGAAUAAAGAUAAAUGUGGCUCAAGAAUCUAAA